GUUGCCUAUACCGGACCGGAAAUGGUUUGUCGUCUCGAGGGUCUUCAGUUCAACACUUCCUAUCGUCUUCGUGUGCGAGCGGCCAAUCCGGUUGGCUACAGUGCUUACAGUGAGAUUGUCACACUACGAACUUCACGCUUGGCCACAUUCCGCAUUGAUCCCACCUCGGGACUCACAAUUCCCACGCACUCGGCAUUUUUACACGUGGACGUGGAUGGGACGGUAGUCAGUGCGUUGGGCGAGGCUGAGGAUCACGUGCUCCUGGGCGAUGUGGGCCUCUCACACGGAGUACACUACUGGGAGUGGCAAGUCGAAGUGUACGAUGGUCGAGGACAACCGUCGUUCGGUGUUGCCCUGAGCUCCGUAGCUCGAGAUCGAAUGCUCGGUCUCGACAAUGCCGGUUGGGCUAUCUAUCUGAACUCGUCCCGCUCUUGGUUUCUGCAUGCCGGUCAGCAUCGAGAUCGUACGGACGGGGGGUUAUCCAUUGUUCCCGCUAGUNACGAAACCGAGUAUAACACGAAUACCACCGGUCGGCGCCCAUCUGUCCGUCCGACUGUUAUCGGGGUUCGACUGGACUGUGACCAAAGCCAAUUGGCAUUCUAUCUGAAUGGGGAACCUCAUGGUCCGAUCGCUUUCAGUGAUCUCCAUGCGGAUGCUCGCCAAACACUUGGACCAGAGGCAGACGAUGCAACCGGGGAAAAAGCGCGGCCGACUAAACCGAUUCUCUUCUAUCCAGCCCUGAGUCUGAGCUAUCAGACGCGUGUUCGCCUCCUCACCGGACUUGAAGUGCCCAGUGAGAGCGAGGAAUCCAGUGAGGAAUCUUUGUCUGGCUCAGAGGCGGAAUACGAUGUGUCGAUCGAUACCACCAGCUCUUGUGGUCCGGCUCCGCACGAUUCGACCCCAUCCAGUUCGACUCCGUGCAAUGUGAGCAGCAAAUCAAUCAACGCGCCGUUUGGUGUGAGUAUCGGUAAAGAUCCGGACGGUUUAGCAAACUGUGACGGAAGUACAGUCGAGAACACAACCGGGAUGAACUGCACAAACAGCACCAUAACAUCACUACCAUCACAACAACAAUCACACAUAGCAUCAGUUACGACGAUUAAUUUGAAUCGAGACCGACCUGGAGGACGAUUGUAUCACAGUCUCCCGGCUCCCGUUUUAGCGGUUGCCGCUUCCGAAUCGCAUAUGCCAGCCAGGUUGACCACGUUUGGUCGAUCUUGA